UGUUGAACUAGAUAAAUACAAGAAAAUGGUUUGCUUACCCCAGAAGCCUGCGUCUACGUGUUUAAGAAUCAUAGCCUUUCUGCUAUCGCUGGGAGGAUUAGUCCUCUGUAUUGUAUCGUAUUUCUAUCCAGCUUGGACUAAGUUCAGACACAAUGGAGUUAAUGGAGACCUUGGGGUACAUCAAAUGUGUGCCCGUGAGUCGGAGGGAGAGUUGGAUUGCAGAGAAAUCCAAGGAAAAGACAUACUGUUUUUCCUGUUCCAAGCCUCCUUCUCUAUUGGAAUUGUAGCCUAUACCAUAUUUGUCAUCAUAGUAUCGAUGACAUUUUGCUCCUGUUGUAUCAAAAGCACGAGGGCAGUCGGAAUGACCAAGUUCUUUGUUGUCAUUGCUGACCUUAUCACUUUCAACUGCUUGAUGAUCGCCAUUGCAACAGGUUUAAAAUCUGAUUUCUUGGGAACAUUGAGAAUCAGUUACGGUUGUAUCAUGUGUUUAACGGCAUUUGCUAUUUCGGUAGUUUUGUGUCCUUUCUACUUGAUCGAUGCCAAAAAUACCGCCAGAAAAUUCAAAGAAGAGAAGAAAUACAAGAAGUUCUCAAAUAUUCAGGAACCUAUUGAUCCGGAAACUAUCUCCAAGUCAAAGUUGACUUCAGAUGAUUUAUCAGAGGAGUUGAAAAACGACACUGUUUCUCCUUCGUCAGUUCAUAUGUGAAAUAAAAUCACUUUUUUAAAUAAUUGACAAAUUAAAACAAUAUUAUCUUUAGAAAAAUUCUCCACAACUGAUGUCUUCAUUAAAAUAUCAAUUUUAUGUUUUUGUUCAAAGAAAAAGCUACAUUGGUUAAAACAAUUGAAAAUAUUGUAACAUUGUCAUUUAUCUGAUUAACACCAGCUUCUAUUUAUUGUUGUAAAUACUGUAUAUAGUACAUGUACACACAUUAAUAUAAUAUAGUAUUAAUAGACGUUAUAAGAAACGAUGUUACAGGAUGAUAUUUCAAUCUUGUAUUUGGUUGGUCAUAAGAAAAUAUAGGGAGGUGCAAGUUUGUUAUUUACCUAGGUAACUUGCAAAGGUAUGAUGAAACUUACAAAAUAAAUUUUCUUUUGAUGGAUUAAGAUGUACAAACCUCUAUCUGGAACACUGUCAAUAUUCCAAUAGUGUACGCCAACGCUAUAGUAUUUGUAUUCAUGCAUUUACUGUUAAGAAUAUUUGUAAUAUUUCAAAUUAAAGAAAUGGUACG